CAAACAUACCACAAAAUAAUACUGCAAAAUUGUGUUACUACUCCUAGUAUAGCAGGACGAUGUGGACCCCAGAGCUAUCACCGCAACCGACUGGCUGUAUUUUAAAAUCAGUUAUCAUUUGCCUGUUUAUGCCUCCAUGCAUUCUUACGUUCCAGUAUAAGAGGUCGGAGUAUACGUUUUACCAACUCGAGCAAAAAGAAAUCUGGUAUGAUUUAAAAGAAAUCUGUGAAUCAUCAGGUGGUUACCUUGCAAGCUUCGCAACCGUCGAUGAAUUGACCGCCGUACUCGAUUACGUAAGGUUACGUAACUAUUCAGGUGGUAUGUACGAGAUCGGAUUAUCACGCCAGGCGGGUUUGGAUUGAAAUAUUGAUGCAAAUGGGAAGUGGGAAACAGGAGAGGAGUUUAAUUAUUCUAUUCCAUGGAAUGAUGGCCAGCCUGAUUUGAGCAAUUCCAUUUAUACUGCGGUUAGGAUCAAAAUAAGCACUGGAAAAAUGUAUGAUAUUCCUGCUACUGUUAUAAAUCCAAAUGAAAUUUCGAGAGGAUACAUUUGUGAAUAUGGCAAGUGUUAUGAAGUAAUAUACAUAUAGGCCUAUUAAUAUAUAAUAUAACAUUAUAUUACAUUGGUUUCUGCCAGUUAUUUAAAAAGGUCGUUAAUGAACGUUAGGAAUCAUAAUUUAACACAAAAUAAUCAAAUAGAUACAAACUGUAAUAUUUAUCAAUAUUUUUAUUGAUUUUUCCUAACGACACCGUCAUAUUUGAUAGUAUAAUUGUUUUGUGUCCAUACGGUAUA